CGCGGCUUCCUGGAGAGCAUACAGGAGGAGCUGCCCAUUUCCCCGCUACUCCCGACAUGAACAGAUUGCGAUACCCGAUAACCUCAAGAUCUAUGCCAUUAUCUUGGCUGUAUCUAAUUGUCCAUUCACCGCCCGCCACUCUUGCCACGAACUGACGCCUAAACAAAGGCGUGUUUGGCAAUGCGAUUUGUUGAAAGGGCAGAACAAAGGCCACCGUCACGGAUCCUUUACCGAACAGCGGACAUCCCAAUUGUUCCUGGACACACAAUACAGCCGCACUCAAAGCCGCACACUCUCUCAUUGUCGUCUGCCUGCUACCCUGCGCGUAUAAAUAUCACCGGGAGCCCAUUCACCGUUUACAACAUUUACAACAAGCCCAUCCUUUGCCCACCUGGUCCCAACUAUCAUCCAAAACUUGCUACGAAAGUCGUCAAAACUCGAUCCACCAAACCAAAAAUGGAAAACACAAAGGGAGCCGACCUGUUUGCCAGGCUCGACUACGCCAGGUACAACGGCGCCCCUGACGUGUUCUUUGCAGGCUUUGAGGGAGCAUGCAGAACCGGCUACCACGUUGGCAGGAUGGAGCGCGACGUCACGAUCCCUACUGCCGGUUGCCCCGAGAAACAAGAAUUCCUCGAGAAAAUGGGCGUCGACCCCGCAGCGCCCGGGACGGUGGCCAUGUACAUAAAGCCCAAGCACUCCGUCAUGGACAGUGGCUUUCCCGCCUUCGGUGGUUACUUCAACAUCACCCAGGGCUGGGCCGUCAUCGAGCACGUCUACUACGACGGCGAGAUGGUGUACGGCACGAACCACCCCCGGACGGAGCGCGUCUUCGCCUCGGAAUGGUUCUACCACUUUUGGCGGUCGCUGGCCGAGCAGGACCCCACGUACAUCAUGGGAGGCAGGGGCGAGCUGCCCCCGCUCCGCACCGUCGUGCUGUCCCAGAUCACGCACGAGGCCACGCACCGGCUCCUCCACGGGCUGAGCGCGCGGUCGCUGUACCAGAAGCAGGGCUGGCUCACGGCCGACGGCACCGAGUCCUGGAACCCGGCCGGGGAGGCGGGUAGGGUCUCGGCCCUGCAGACGUUCCGCCACCUGUUCGGGCUGGGCAUGGGGAGCUUCCUGACGCGCUCGCUGACGGACCACCACAUCGCGUUCCGCAACAUCAGGCCCGUCGAGAUAUCCUGGCGAUAUUCGGUGGAGACGAGACUGAUGGAGGACCCGUUUGUGGCAGGGAGGGCUGCGUACUGCCACGACGCUUAUAUGGCGAUAAAGCUUGCGUGACAAUACCGGGCAGGCCUGGGUUUGCAGGCAGGGGAGGAUGGUUUUUUGGAGGAAAGGGAGGCAUAUCAAGCAGCUUUAGCAUUCCUUUUCCAUAUAGACAAGAACAAGAAAAC